UCUGUCAACAUGGCCACGUGCCGACGGGGAGAAGGGUCUUCCGUAGAGUGACAGAGCGCGGAUCUGACCCGUGUCCUCCGGUAUUUAGAUAAAUUCGGAUAAGCCAAGUCGCGGCGACAAUGGCCCGGUGCACAGGGCUCGUGGACAGUGUGAGUACGGAUCCUCGCAGCGAAUGGAACACGUUUACGCGAUUCUACUAGCCUUGGCAGCCGCCCAAGGACCCACAGCCGCGUUGUUGUCAUCGGGCCGAGGAAGCGGCGCAGUCAUGAAGAGUUACCGACCCCGCGGCGGAAUCGCGCGGAUGAUAUACGACAAGCAGAAGGCAGACGAGCGUCUUCGCGUCUACGACAAAACCCAGUGGUACAAAGUGGACGAAACGCAGAUACGAGAGGAUCUUCGCAAUCUCUGGGUGCCACUGGGAGUCGGAACGAACAACGAUGAGCCGGAUGAAGCGGCCAGUGUUUUCCUCGAGAAGUCGGCCGAGAGAUCGGACUCGCUACUCCUGCAAACCUGGCACUCAUUCGCAAAAUCUGCCUUGUCAUGGUUCAUCAGCCGCACCUCGAUCAACGGACUGCUCGGCCGAGGUUCUAUGCACGUGUUCUCGUCAGAUCAGUUCAAGAAGCUAAUGUCAGCCAGCAAAUACUCGGGAUCGUGGAACUCGCUCGUUGAUUUGGGUGCCGGCGACGGUGCAACGACUUCCCACAUCGCCCACCUUUUCAAUAACGUCUAUGCCACGGAGAUAUCGCCACCGAUGAGGUGGACCCUUGCCCGAAAAGGAUUCACGGUGCUGGACGUUGAUAAUUGGCACAAGGAGGUCAGCAGCUUCGACGUGAUUCUCUGCCUGAAUCUACUGGACCGAUGCGACAAACCGAACACCUUGCUGAGGCGUUUGAAAUCAACCUUGGCGCCCGGUGGACGCCUCGUCGUCGCUAUCGUUCUUCCGUUCAGUCCCUACGUCGAAGUGGGCGAAAGAAAUGACCACAAACCGUCCGAGUACUUGCCGAUAAAGGGAAACGGCCUCGAAGGGCAAAUAGCCAGCCUCAUUGACAGAGUCUUCAGCCCCCUUGGGCUCAAGUGUCUGGCGUGGAGCAAACUGCCUUACUUAUGCGAAGGGGACCUGGGACAGGCCUUCUACUUCCUAGAGGACGUCAUCUUCGUUCUCGAGGCGGAGGAUCAGCAAGAUUACUGCCCAGCCGAUGAUACGAGGAGUAAAUCUGGCAAUGAGACGGCGAAUUAUGUGCAAGAGAUAUAGGAGGAUGUGUCAUGGAUUAUAGAAGAGAAAUAUAUGUGUAUAUAUAUCUGUAUACAUCAGGCGAGUAUUUCACACUGGUAAAAACUUUAAUAUAAUAUAAUGUAAUAUAAUAUAAUUGUUUGUUUCUUUGUUUUUUAAUUAUAUAAGUAAUAUGCUGGAAUACAGAAGAGCAAUACUGGGCAAGCGACGACAAUUUUUAGUGUGCAGACACAGAGCAGUAUAAUGUAUAUAGAAUUCUUGUAUUUAUGUAUAUAUGUAUGAAUGUAAUAUACACAACGUACGUACGUUAUUUUCACGCAAACAGUUAUAAUAUUGUAUCACGGAUUCAGAACGGAGCAGAACAAUUACUUUUACAUACGUUAUUUUUAUUAAUGUGUGAGGCUAUCAAAGUCUGAACGUCGAUAGUAAAAUUUCUCUAUUGUAAGUAAACCCCAAUGUCAAACGCUUUUUGUCAUAGAAUGUAAUUCGCAAACGUAAUUAACCCGAAAACAAAAACGAGACUAGUUGAGUUUCCUCGUUGUAUAUCCAUUAAAAAUAUUACAUAACGAACGGAUGGUUUUCCUCAGACUUUGAUAGUAAAAAAUUAGUAGUACAGUAUUACAGUGAUAUUUAUUAAAUGUACCUAUGUGGAGUAAUUACUUGUAAUAACGCGAUAAAAUCAGCGGACUUAACUAUUAGUACGAUAGCGUAUGAUUAUAACGUGAAUAACAGUUAAUUGAUAUACAUACGGUUUCACUGUAUGUAUAUCAGUAUAGGUAAUAUUGCAGCAGCCAAUUAGGUACAAAAGGAUAAAAAUAACUUAAGGGCCUAUAAUACAUAUAUAUGUGUGUGUAUAAAACAAGUCUGCAGCGAUUUAUACAAUACUUAGAGAAACGGAAAGCAGAGAUUUCAAAUAUACGCAUCAACACCCGGUCUUUCCUUAAAUUUAUCAUAUUUAAUUUUGCUAUUUUAUAGCCUAGGCCCACACUUCUAUUAAUAUAGUUAAUUUCAUUUCAAGAUUUGUUUUUUCUUAACUUCUUAUUCUCUCGCUUCCAACUUUCAUAUAUAAAAUUAUCUCACAUACAAACACUCAAGCGUACACGCAUACUUUAGACAAAUUGAGAACAAUUUUGUUUGAUUCAUUCGUUGAUAUUUAAGCAUUGCGUACUUCAAUAAUAAUGAUAAGUGUACGCCGUAUAUAAUAACAAAUUAUUUUCACUAUCAAAUAUUAGUAAUAUUACUACGUGACGAUCGCGCAUUUUUCAAAUAACAAUUAUUAUUAUUACACUAUCAUUAAUAUAAUAUUACUUAUGAAGCACUCGUUAAAAACAGUUCUACCUUGAAUUCGAGUUCGAAUAGAGCAGAAUAUUUGUUAGCGAGUGUAUUUUGAAUACAAAAUGUAAUAUAGUUGAACUAUGAUUAAUUGCAUAUGUAUUGAAAAAUCAGAAGUAGUCUUGUAUUUUACGUGUUUGACAAUUUCUACAAUGGUACAUCGAUUCGAAAGUUUUAAAUGGUUCCGAAAAUAAUAUUACAUUACCCGAACAAGCGGAAAUGAGACAAUUUUUUUUUAAUCAUAUGGAAACAGGCCUAAAAAUAAAUGAACGAAAUCCAUGCCACGCGUAAUUACUCAUCACUUAUGUAAUAGAUAAUCUCGAUCUAGAAUGGUUACAUUUGUUUCUUUGUGUUAAUUGCUCAUCCUCUUCU